GAUGAUGUGCCUGGACAGCAAAAUCCAAAUGGAGGUGGAACUGGCUCAGAAGAUGGCGGCUCCACAAAGGAGUUUGAAUGGACACGUCAAGCCGUUGGUUGAAGCCGUGGCUUUUGGGGAGCUGAAGCUUCUGGAGGGGCUUUGUGAGAUGGGCCAGAGUCCAAAAGCCGAGCAGAAACGCCACCUGAAUGGAGCUGUGGCACACAAACAGUGCGCCCUGUACUCUGAGGAAAUUAGCCCCGUCCCCAAGCAAGAUGGACUGCACUCUUAUGCACCAAGGAAAUCAGGAUACCAACUCUUCAACAUGGAGUCCAAAGACAGUGAAUUCAAUGACGAGUCUCCCUUACUGAAGGUCAUUUCUCAAGGGAAUGGGAAAAACUACUUGACACUUGGUGAAAGGGAUUACCUGGCUCCCGAUGAGUCGUGGGAAUGCAGCUCAAGUGAACUGGAAGGCAGGGGCCGACUGGGAAGUGAGGUGGGUUGGCUCUCGGCAUCUAACUCCUCUGAGAAGUGUGACAUCCUGGACAGUCUUCAUCUGAACUUCAAACUUCCCAACCCACUGAGAUAUAUGUUAAGAGUUCUGAAGAUUUCCAGCCUCUUCAUCUUCGUAGUCAUUUGCUCAGUUUUAUUUAGCGCUCAUCCAGAUCAUGAGAUCCCUCGACGGAUGGUCGCUGUUUCGCCAUUUGAAAGCACUUUAUUAAAUCUCUCAAACUUUGGCGACCCUGUUCUUCUCAAGUUGGAAUUGGCAGGACCAUUUGCAGAAGGCCAGGUUCAUAGGAAUACAGAGGAGUACAUCAAUGUCCGAAUCGAGCAAGUUGUCGAGGGGGGUGAAAGAAGAAGACGUCGCCAGCAGGACCUGUCGGUUCACAAUUGGUCCAUUCCAUUAAAUCCACAAAGAAAUCAACUCAUCAAGACAAAAAUCUUUGAACUGGCCAGCAGCAGUGAGAUUGGCAUCAAUAUACAGACCUUCCUAAAGAACAAUGAAGUGGUCCCGCUAACUAUCAGUUACCAAUACCUCUACGCAAGUGUUGAGACUCAAGUUGUCAUUGCAGCUGUCAUUUUGGCCGGAGUUUACAUCCUUAUUAUAUUUGAGAUUGUUCACAGAUCAUUGGCCGCCAUGUUGGGUUCUCUGGCAGCUUUAGCCGCCCUUGCUGUCAUUGGCGAUAGGCCAAGCAUGGUCACAGUUGUGGAGUGGAUUGACUACAAAACGCUGACAUUAUUAUUUGGAAUGAUGAUUUUGGUGGCAAUAUUUUCGGAAACUGGCUUUUUCGAUUACUGUGCUGUUAAGGCUUACCAGCUGUCGAGAGGAAGAAUCUGGCCCAUGAUCAUCAUUCUGUGUCUCAUUGCUGCCAUUCUUUCAGCCUUCCUGGACAAUGUCACCACGAUGCUUAUCUUCACGCCAGUAACCAUACGACUGUGUGAGGUGCUCAAUCUGGACCCCAGGCACGUCCUGAUCGCGGAAGUUGUCUUCACCAACAUUGGCGGAGCGGCCACAGCCGUAGGAGAUCCUCCAAAUGUCAUCAUCAUCUCCAAUCAAGCACUACAAAACACAUACUGA